CAUGGCUCCUCCCGCAAUUUCCAUUCCCCAGCCUGCCCAUAUUUCUAGUAGUGAAGAAGCCCAGUCCGAGACUUUGUUAUGUCAGCUAAAACUCUAUGACAUCAUACUCGGUCUAUCUAAGCCCAUGGCUCUCAGAGCUUCUGUUUUGCUCAAUAUUCCGGACAUAAUUGCACAGGCUUCAGGCUCUCUUACCCUGGAAGAAAUUGCUGCCCAUGUUUCAGCCUCCACCGAGAAUCCCCCUUGCAUAGAAUAUCUGUUUCGUCUUCUGAGAUUUCUAGCCUCCCAUCAAGUCUUUACUGAGAUCCCACACCAGGAGGACUUCAAGCAAUGUAGAUAUGGCCUCACAGGCCUUUCUAAGUUGCUUGUUAAGGAAACAAGUAAUGGAGGCUUGAGUACUGGUGUGCCCAUUCAAAAUUAUGUUCCAUUUUUGUUGGGAGCCACCAGCCAUAUUGCCUUUCAGGGAUGGCUGCAUCUGCAUGAGUCUGUGUUAGAAGGCGGCUGUGCCUUCAGGAAGGCUUUUGGUAUGAGUAAUUGGGAUUACGGUGUAAACAAUCCUGAAGCGAACAAGACAUUUAACGAGGCCAUGUCUUGUGACACUCGUGCUGUUAUGGCGUCUGUUGUGAAGAUUUAUGAGGAGGGAUUUAAGAAGAUAACUUCUUUGGUUGAUGUUGCGGGAGGUGUGGGAUCUGCCUUGUCCAUCAUCGUAGAGAAUUACAAACACAUUAGAGGAAUUAAUUUUGACUUGCCUCAUGUCAUUGCUUCUGCACUUCCUAUCGCUGGAGUAGAGCAUGUGAGUGGUAACAUGUUUGAACAUAUUCCACCAGCGGAUGCAGUCUUUAUGAAGUGGGUUUUGCAUGACUGGGAUGAUGACGACUGUGUAAGAGUGUUGAAAAGGUGCUAUGAGGCUAUACCAGAAAAUGGAAAAGUUAUAAUUGUGGAUGCCCUUAUUGUUGAAGGGAAAAAAGAUGUAGAUAAGGAAGAAAAAUGUUUAAGAGGAGUGGGUUUGGCGUUUGAUAUGGGAAUGAUGGUAUUCAGCAGUGGUGGAAAGGAGCGAUCAGAAAUGGAGCUUAAACAAAUUUUCAGCAAAGCCGGUUUCAAAAGCUACACCAUCUUCAAAUUACCAUUUAUUCAAACCAUUAUUGAGGUCUCCAAAUUCUAA